CUCCAACUCAAAGAUUGGAGGAUCAAUUCCCACUCAGAUGUUCUGUCAUUGUUUCCACAUUGCCUUGUAUGAAAGUGCAUGAAUGAAUGAAUGAAUGAAUGGUGGUCGGAGGGGUUGAUGGCAUAGAUUGGUGCCUCACUUUGUCUUCCCCGGGACAGCUAUGGCUAUAGUAGUAGCUUACCACCAUAGUGGAAUCAGCAGUUUAUACAGCAACUAAAACCCUUGACUAACAGUUUGCGAAUCUGAGAAUAGAAUGACAGAUUGGGAGCAGUUUUUCUGAUUAUCUUGUGCUAUAGUUCUCAACCUAAAAUUAAUAUUCAAUUGCAGAUUUUUGCUGUAAUAUAGCAUGGUAUUGGGUCUAGUUGGUAAUAGAAAUGCUCAGGUUUGAUGUUAAGGAAUUUACCUUUUUAACAUUUUAUGGUAAAAUACAUAAUUAUGGCUGGCUCUUUUCCCCCAUCUAGAAGUAUGACAUCACCUGAAAACAAAUUUGUCAACCUAAAACCACAAAAUGACAAAGUGGCCUGUUAAAUGUAAUUUUAAUAUGAAAUGCUCAGUAAAACUUUACUUGGCCAAGAAAUGUAAAUCAACAAUACAUGUGCUACACUGCUUUUUGAAGGACUUUUGAAACAGACUAUAUAUAUUAUACAUUUUAAUACUGACUGUGGUUUGAAACCAUUGUAUAACCCUAGUUUAAAAAAUUAAAUCUACAUUUGGCAUCCAUUUUAAUUAUUUUUAAACCUAGGUUAAGAACUUGUGAGCUAAGGGAGUAAAUCUAGAUUUUUAUUUCAACACUCAAAAUCAGAUGUAAAAUUGUCACAGAAUUAAAUGAUACGUUAGAGGGAGAGGGCUGGUGUAGUAUUGAUCUGAUUCUAUAGUUUUGUGAGUUUGAGACAACAGAACUUCUUUUGCCUAGUAAUAACAAGGGAAAUCUCAACAAUUUCCAUUUGAAUUGCUCUUUACAUACUUACAAGCCGCAAUUAAAGUGAAGCGUGUGUUUUUGUUAAGAUAUUCCUCAAGGUGGCACCAAAUCUAUAACAUCGUUUCUGCGACUCUCCAGCAGAAGUGAAGUCGCUGUACUUUGUCCGGUCACACAAGUAUGGCGGCUACCAGUGUGUUCAGACAUGGUUUGUUUAAUCAUAAAGUAGCAAUUGUAACUGGAGGAGGCACCGGGAUUGGUAAAGCCAUUUCUGCAGAGCUUCUUGGACUAGGUUGCAAUGUGGUGAUCUCCAGCAGAAAGGCAGAGAAGCUGAAAACUGCAGUGGAGGAACUCAAGACAAAGAUCUCCUCCUCCAACCCAGCCACUGUUACCUCUGUGCCAUGCAACAUCCGCAAUGAGGAGGAGGUGAAGCUUCUUGUUUCAGAAGUAUUGAAACAAUAUGGACGCAUAGAUUUUCUGGUCAACAAUGGUGGAGGCCAGUUUAUAAGCACUACUGAGAAUAUGCCCUCAAAAGGCUGGAGGUCUGUCAUAGACACCAACCUAAAUGGGACAUUUCAGUGCUGCAAAGAGGUUUACACUGCAUGGAUGAAACAACAUGGAGGGGUGAUUGUAAACAUUAUUGCUGACAUGUGGAAAGGUUUUCCUGGCAUGGCUCACACAGGAGCUGCAAGGGCAGGCGUGGACAAUCUCACCAAAAGCUUAGCUAUUGAGUGGGCAUCCUCAGGAGUUCGUGUUAACGCAGUCGCACCUGGUGUAAUAUUUUCCAAAACUGCUAUGGAAAACUAUAAGGACCAUGGGCAUGUUAUAUUCAAGAGGGUUAUACCAUUUAUUCCUGCAAAAAGGCUGGGAUUACCAGAGGAGAUCUCUUCAGCUGUCUGUUUCCUGUUGUCUCCGGGUGCAUCCUACAUUUCAGGAGCCACACUGCGGGUAGAUGCAGGGCAGAGUCUUUACCAUUCAGUCUGGGAAAUACCUGAUCACAGUGCUUGGCCUGAGGCACCAGAAGGAGAAAAUCUUCAAGAUGUGAAAGAACUGCUCGACACACCAAAAAGCAAACUUUAAAAAAGGAAUAAUGUAAUAUGUAAUAAUCUUUUUUUUUUAUUAAAUGUAUUGCAUAUUUACAUGUAGAUGAUUAUAAACAUACAAGCUAACAGUUAAACAAUAUAUACAAAGAUAGACAUGGGGUAAAUAGAUGUUUCAGAUUGAUAAUUUAAGUUCCUGAUUAUAUGUAAUAAGAUUGUUUAAUUGGUUGAAAUUAUUUAAAAUAAUAUGUAAAAUAUUAUUUUUAUUGCAUUUCAUUUUGAAAGAUAUUAGGACUGGUAUUAUUCCAUUUACAGCCAUGAAUAAAACAAUAUAUAUAUGUAGUCUGAUAAUCCCUCAGACUACAUCCUCACUACAUGUCUCCUACUGAAAAAUCAAGACCACUCCUCCAGAAAACAAAAAAAUUAGGGUUUAUUCCCUCUCCAGUUACUGCAAUGAAUAUAGUAUUUUAUCAAAAGCAAAAUAAUAUUUACAACUACUUCUGUUGAAGAAUCCAAAUUGUUCAUACAAAGCAAAAUGUGAGAAAUCUUAAAUACAGGGAUUUUCAUUUUUAGAUUAAGCCAGCUUCUGACAUCUAACCAGAAGACUUGAGAGUGAGGGCAUUCAAAAAACAAAUUAUUCAAAGAUUCUGAAAAAAUACAAAAUUCAACCUCUAAUUUAAAUCUUUUAAGAAGCAGACCCACAAGGUAGAUAUUUUUCAAAAAUUUAAAAUGAAUCCUUCACUAUAGGAGAAAGCAGUAACUUAACACAUUUAGAGUAUGCUUUAAUUUUUGUAGACUGAUUAUUAGAGCUGGGCAUGUGCUUAAAAGAAGUUCUAUUAAAGUAAUUGUAUUUUUUUCUCAUACCUUUAUUAUUAAUACACUUAUUGUUACAUUUAGAAUCUAAUAAAUUACAAUCAUUCACCUUCAGAAUGGGUAAGGACAUUGGAACACUGGAAUUACUGAAGUGUACUUUUAAUCAAAUGGAUUAAUGGUGGAGGAACUUUAUGGAAUACUCUAUACUCACAGUUAAGAUUAUAUUUUUCAGUUUAGCAUAUUACCAUCACAGUCCAUUAGACCCAGAACAAAUGUAAUGUUUUUGUCAAACCAGUCCAAAUAAAUGAUAAAACCUU